AUGCACGUUCUGUGUGCAUAUAAGGAUAGGAACACUCCCUUUGGUAACGCCAGCCCACUGGAAGGACGACUAAGUACCAAGGAAAGGGUAAAGUCAAAAAAUAAGGAUGUGUAUAGAGGUAUUAUGAAAAAAAUGAAGAACCAAGAAAGAAGGAGCUCCAACGACUCUAGUGUGAAAAGCAAAAGUGGUGGCAGAUUGGGGGGGAAUAGUUGGAAUAUCGAGGGAGAAGUUACUCACAGCCGCACGGAGAGCCUUUCCAGGAGGAAGAGCGAAAAGGGCGGCGACAAGAAUAUCGAAGAGGGCAAAAGUAAAAGCUCCUCCAACACCAGAUCCAAAAUGGACACCGCCAAAAUGAACGAGAAAAAGGAAGACCUUAAAAAUGUGAAAAUGUUUAAAAACAACACGAGCGAAUCUUUGAAGAACAAAGGUUCCAACUCCAGGGAGAGUGUCAAAUCGAAUAGAAGCAGAAGUGAAAAGGGAGCAACGAUUGAAGAUAAAAAAAAGGAUGAGUCCUCCCACUCGAAUGGUGAGAAAAAGAGGAAGGAUUCGUACAACGAGAAACAGGAAAAGAACGACCUUAAAGUAAACAACAAGUUAAUUUCUAAAGGUACCAAAUCGAAAAACGUGAACGGGAAGGGUAACAGUAGCAGUGCCUCUUCCACCAAUCAUAGUAGAAUCAGCGCUAGCAGAGCUGGUGAUGAGAAGGGCGCCUCAUCAAAAGGCCUCCCAUCGAAGGGUUCCUCCUUGAAGAACACGCCUUCGAAAAGCUCCUCAGCGAAGAGCACUCCCUCGAAAAGUGGCUCCUCGAGGAGUAUAGCGUCGAGGAAUGACACCCUUAAGAAUGAUACGCCUAAGAAUGAGGCCCGUCGAAAUAAUUCAACAAGAAGCCUUUCCAAAAACGCUAGUCAGGAGAGCGUAAACAGCGAGAAUGUUAAAAAGGAGAAAAGAGCGUCCACAUCGUCAAGUAGCAGUAAAGGAGCCCAAAGGAGCAGCGAGGAUGCGAGUGAAUUGAUGAGUAAUCACACGGCUAGUUCGAAGGAAGAGGGCUCUAGGAUAAGUAGGAGCGUGGGGAAGACAGAGAAAAAGGUAAAAUCGGAAAGAUACAAAAAAGGAGAGAGGGAGAAAAGUAUCAGCGGAAGUGACAGUGAAGAAUCGAAGCAGAAGAGCUCGAAGAAGAAAAGUGGCGCAGACACAAGGAGAAGUGACGUCGUGAAGAAUAGCCUCUCCGGAAGAGGCAAAUCUGGAGUAUCUGAAACGACCAAGAGGAAGGACAUUACGAAGAAGGGUUCUGCGGAUCAGAAGAAAAAAAAGAACAACAGUAAGGGCGGUUCUGGCAAGGAUCGUCAGGCAGAUUCUAAGUCGAGGAAGAGCAAGGGGGGCAGUAGGAGUAAAGGUGGCAAGGAUGAUGAGGAGGAUGACGACGAAGACGACGAGGAGGAUGAAGAAGAGGAAGAGGUCGUCGAAGAAGAAGAAGAAGAAGAAGAAGAGGAAGAAGAAGAGGAAGAGGAAGAAGAGGAGGAAGACGAUGAUGAUGACAAUGAUGAUGAGGAUGAGGAAGAUGAUGAGGAUGAUGAUGAUGAUGACGAGGAUGACGACGAGGAGGACGAAGAAAGUGAUCCGAAGAGGCGGUCAUCUUCGUCAUCCAAAAAGGUUACCAAAGGUAGCGUAACGAAGAAGAAGAAAAAGAGAAUGUCCUUCAGCCUGAAGAAGAGGAAUCGAAAUCGCAAGGGAACCCAGGAAGAUGGCAAGAAAGGCGGUAACAAAAAUAGCGGUAAGAGCGUCAACAAGAGCAUUAGCAAGAGCACUAGCAAAACUAGUGGCAAAAGUAGUAGCAAGAGCAAGAAGGCUGUGAAGAAUGAAAAGAAAAAGAAUAACAACAAUAGUAGCAAUAGGAAUAGCAAGAACAACGUGAAAGAUGAAAACGCGUCAGAGGACGAAGAGGAAGAGAACCCUUACUUUGACCCUAACGACUAUACCGUAGAUGCCAGAAGAAGUGUCCUAGAGGAGAGGGAAAGGAAAAGGAAUCUGAAGGAGAGUUAUAUUAAGCAGAUGAAAGUACCAACCUAUGCAGAUGACGAGUCGAUUCUCUUUAUUAAUAAUCCAAAUUACGUGAUGGUGUUGCUUUUCUUGACUGUCUACAAAGAUGUAUUGAAGAUGAGUUGGAAUUUCAAGGACAUCGACGAAAUGUUUCAGAAUAAGGAGACUACCGAAUUUGGCAGGAAUUUUAUUCUUAAAUUAUUUUUUUUUCUAGGUAGGUACUUUAACUCUAAGUCCAUAUUUAUGUAUAGGUAUAUUUCUCGUAUUUUCGAGGACAAGCAGAGCUCGCUGAUGAGAGUCAUAAAUUUCAAUGAGCUUUUUCCCGUGAUGGAAAUUAAGAGAGGGAAGAAGAGUAAGUCGGGAGGUGGUGGCGGCACAUCUGGUGGGGGUAAUAGUUUCAAGAAGAAGAAGAAGAAUGAUAAGAGGAAAAGGAAAGGCAAGGCGGAGGAGGAUGUGAAUGCGGAUGCGAUUGAUGAUGCGAAUGAUGAUGCGAUUGAUGAUGCGAAUGAUGAUGUAAAUGAGGAGGUGAUUGACGAAGUGAUUGAUGAUGUAAAUGAGGAGGUGAUUGAUGAUGCGAUUGACGAGGAGGAGGAACCUGAUCCUGAGGACGACGAAAAUGACAGCGAGAAUGAGAACGAAGUGGACGAGACAAUCGAGGGGGAUGAUGCGGAAGACCCCCCUUUAAAUGAAGCGAAUGAGGUGCGUAAGAAAUCGAGGAACCACGGAAAAGCGGAGCAGUUAUCAUCAGACAAGUUAGUAAAAGAGGGGGAAGAGCCCCAGGGAAUGGAGGAAGCCCCGUUGGGCGUCGCAAAGGAUGGUGCUAAGAGGGAAGACUCGGGAACGACAUUCAUUGUAAGGAACGAGAACCCCGAUGGAUCGUCUACGCAACAAGGAGUUACUACAAUUGCAAACACCUCUGUUGCUGACGGUGCAAAUACCUUCGGAGGAACAGAAGAAAAUGAUGAAAGCGCGAACAACCCAAAUGGAGACCAUUUAAUCGACUCAGUGAAGAACGAAGAGUUACAAGAAAACAGAAGAUUAAGUAAAAAAUUAUUUCUAGAAUGGGAUGAUCUGAGCGUGAUUUCAAAGUUAAGGAUUAUCAGGAUGCUUUUGAAUUUAGUGUUAUGUGAAAGUAAUAAUUUAAAAAAAAUGUUGAUGGAAGAAAAAGUAGAUUAUAGCAGUGGCUAUUUAGGGAAAGUAAAUAAGGAGAAAUAUUGGCUCAUCCUUAAUGAUACGAUAAACAUUGAAUUUAAGUUAUACGUAGAGAAGGAGGAGGAGGGAACGUUUGAAUUUCUAUGUGAUAAUGAUGAUGUGUUGUAUACUAUAGGAUAUAAUCUUUUAAAAGAUACAGAGACGAAGGUGAUGGGGGAAACGAUCAUAGAAAGAUAUAAUAAAAUAUGUAGAGAGAGAAGAAACAGAAGUAGAAUUUUGAAGCAACAGAAGAAACUUUGUUCUGAUUUCAAUUUGAAUGGUGGUUCAUUAGUAACCUCAAAGAAGAGGCAACAUAAGCAGGUAGAGCAUUUCAACUUUGACAAUGAUAAAAUUAGGAGGAAAAAGAAUGAGGGAGCUAAUAUGCAUGGAGUGGGAGCUAGUGGCUAUACCUCUGGUCUUAAUGCAAGCAAUCCAUAUGCUCUGCAGAAAAAUAAUUAUCAAAAGAAUGAUCGGUCGUUUCGGUUGGCGGCGAGGAAUGCUCAAAAGGGUAAUGGGCUACUUGUGGGUGAGUUGUUGGAUGGUAUGGGAAAUCAAGAAUAUGUACAGGGUGGAGGUAGUGUUGUCGGUGUGGAAGGUGCUCUCCUCAACAACGUUGAUGGAACAGGUGUAGGGGGUGUUGUUGGUACGCUUAGCAAUUUGCAGGGUCAGAAUGCAGGUGCUCUUGGCGCGGGAGGUGUGGUGGUGAAAGUUCCGCAAAAAAGAGGGCGUAAGAAAAAAUCGGAGAAAAAAAAAAGAGGACGAAAGAAGAAGAUUCUUACAGAAGGGGGGGCACUCAUACCAGGAGCAAGCCUUGGGGGAGAGGGGGGAUCGUUAGCUGCUGGGUUGGUUGUCGACCCGAAUAAUCCACUUGCUACAAUAACCCAGGGGAAGGAAACGAAGAAAGCUACGAGCACUUCCACCAGAGGUAGAAGAGCGCCCUACGCUAAACGAAACACCAAGCCAACUGUAUCUAUUAAGUACGGAACAAGGAGUCACUCCAUAAGUAAAAAUAGAAAUGAGACAAGUGAUUUUAGCGACUUUGCCCUGACCCAUGGAGUAAAUUCUGAAACCCUUUACAAAAACGGAAAUUUGGACGAAAAAUAUUUUAACCCUAAUAUGCACGUUAACAAUUUUAUACCCCCUAGUAUGAACACUCCCUAUGGCAUGCAGACGAAUGUUCUGACUAUGAGAAGGAACAAAAUGGAAGCACCACCUGGAGGAUAUAAUUUCCCUUACAUGUACAACCCACAGAUGUAUGGACAAUACUACAUGUACAAUGGAAGCAUGUAUAUGUUAAACAAUGGUGGUGGGGGUAUGUUCAACCAAAGUGGUGCUUCAGGGGGUGGAAGUGGUGGUGGUAAUGGUAAGGAGAUGAAGAAUGAGGGAGUUUUCAUGGCAAAGGGAGGAGGCUCCUCAGGAAGCGGGACGACAAUAAAUAACGCAAAUAACCUGAACAAGAAUAGUGUGGGUCCCGGUGGUAGUGGUGGUAGUAAAGGUCCUGUAAGUGGCAAAGAUGCGGAAGGAGAAGGUUCAAAUGAGAUGAGUGGAAGUGGGGUGGCAGGACAGAUGAGUGGUCCGAUGACCAUGAUGAAUUCGGUAGGAGGACCUGACGGUGGACUCAAUAGCGGGAUGGGAGGUGGUCUGAAUUACAUGGAUCCCAUGAACAAGUAUCAGUCAUAUGUGUUAAAUAGAAACGCAAUGAACAACAUGCCCACGAACCCCAUGUACAACAACCUAUACAACAUAAAAUUCCCUUACAUGAACAACGACAUGAUGAAUUACAAUUAUAAUAUGAACAAUUUCCAAAAUAUGAAUUAUGAAAAAAUGAAUAAAGUAGGACCCGGAGGACCAACAGGACAAUCAGGGGGGGCAUCAUCAUCACCACCAUCUGGAGGAGGUAUGUUCAAAAGAUAUCCGAAUUUUUUGGGUGGAGCUUUUCCACCCUCGUACAAUAAUAUGAACAACCCUUAUGCUAAUUUCAACGCAUAUAAUAUGGGUUACCCAAGGAAUGAAGGCGGCUAUGCUUCUAUCCCCCCAGGUGGGACGGGAACUGGAGCAUCUCCAUCAUCGGGAGGCACAUCGGGGGCAAGCUCCUUUAAGAGUAAGUUGGUGGAUCUGAACGCGAGUGAGAGUAGUAGCGGGGUGACAGGGGGCACUACUGGAACGGUUCAUUCUUCAGGUGCUGGUGUAAGUGGUUACCACAUGGGGAAUGUAAAAAGCCGAAGUGGUAACAAUGAUGUUCAUGGUGCCUCUGCAAUUUAUGAGAAGCCAACACAGUUGAUUUCAUCAGGGGCAUCGUCGGGUGUUAACCCUGGAACUGGAGAAGCAAACCAGAAGGGAGAGACACAUCGAAUUGAUAACUUAAUGAACUACAUGAUCAUGCACUCAGGAAGUAACGCCGAUAUACAUCAUGGUAGCAAUGGAAAGAAUAACAGUUCGAUGGCGAACACGGAAAAUAAUGUUGUUCAAAAUGGCCUAAACGGUUGA